AUGGGCAGUGGCAGUGUUACCUAUCGGGUGGUCGAUAAUUUUGAUGUUAUCGAAAUCGAUUCGUUUAGUGUGCCCAUUGUCAUUAGAGCUGCUACACGAAAUGUAAAUUAUUUGAAAAAAUGUGAAAAGAUAACAUGAAGGUACAUCCUAGACCACUGGGACUACGUGCAAGGAAUAAAUAUCCUAAAACAGAUGGCGAUGAAGAUGGGGAACGCUUCUCGUUAUUCGCCACCAGUCUGCGUCAUCAGACCACGGAAUUCUUCAAUAAUUCUACAUUGCACGGCGUUCGUUACAUUGCCGAGAAGGAGAGACCCUUCUGUGAAAAAUUUAUGUGGUUCAGUUUCACAGCAGUCGGUGCUGUGACCACCUGCAUCAUCAUUGUCAGCUUGUGGGAGAAGUUUCAAACUAAUCCUACCAUUACCGGAUUGGACACUGAUUUUCACAAUUGGGACGUACCAUUUCCAGCAGUAACAUUGUGUGAUUUAAAUCCCGUUGAUGAUGAAUUGUUACAAGAAUAUAUUUUAAACAUAUGGGGUACAGAUCCCCCUAAAAAUGCAGCAAACAUGUUGCGAUGGCUGGCUACACUCAGCUAUACAAGUAUCGCGGAGCAUGUUGCGAAAUAUGUCGAUGACCGGGAACUUAUAGGAAGCUCAGAGAGUGCAUCACUUGAACCGUUCAGUAACCCGAAAGAUGCAGUUUUUAAUAUUGUACGUCGAUGUGAUUCAUUAUUUUACGAUUGCGAAUGGAAAGCAGACUCUGAGGAGUGUUGUGAUUUGCUUGUCCCGGUGUUCACUGAAAUGGGGUUCUGUUAUGCUUUCAAUUCACGGCAUGCAGAGAAGACGUGGCCUUGGCAAACUGAAUCGCAGCCAGAGCAAUUCCAAGAAGCUUUUAUCCACGAGACCGACGCUAAAUGGUCUUUUCUUUUUAAUUCAUAUCGUAAUGACACUACGAUUGAUAUAUAUAUUCACUCUGCUGAAGAAAUGGCCGGAUUGGAGCAAAGCGCGCAACACAUGUGGGAUCGUCGUGUAGAAAAGGUGUCGUUUUCCGUCAAACAUACAUACACGACAGAAGACGCCCGCCAAUUGUCCAUAAGGCAACGUCGAUGUAUAUUCACCGACGAGCAGAAGUUAGAAACUUCGAACAUUUACACAUAUUCAGCAUGCAUGCGGCAGUGCCGUAUGCAAAGAAGUCGUCUGUUUUGCAAAUGUGUACCGCAUUUUUAUCCUCUUAUAAAGGGCUAUAAACAGUGUACCGUUCAAGAGUUGGCGUGCAUCGCAAAGCACGUAGCAGCCAUUACGGACGUGACACGGUGCCCUUGCGAGCUGGGCUGUUCACAUACAGUGUACGAAGUUGAGAAACUUACAGAAAUCGACACAAUGAAGAGUUCAGGAACAACUACAUCCCUUGAGACGGAAUUCGUCUCGUGGCCAAUGGUGCGUUAUAAGAGGGAAGUGCUGUUUGGCUGGGUCGAUUUAUUAGUGUCGUUCGGUGGCAUAGCUGGCCUUUUCCUAGGCUUUUCAUUGCUGUCUGGUGUGGAGCUAAUCUACUACUUCACAUUGCGGGCCUGGUGUGCCGCAGUGCGGGAAACGGAGACAUUACGGCGCGAGAGGGCAGAGAGACUCGCUCAACCUAAACCGCCACAUAAUCUCAGUCUAGUGCCAUGGUGGAAAGAACCUCCAGGCUCCUAUUCGAGUCGCCCAUUAAUGGUGCGUCCAAAAGGCAGGCCGCCACAAUACUCCCCACCACCAGGCUACAACACUUAUCUACCAUAAUGAGUUGCUUAUCAUUCCGGAAGUAUUGAAUUUAAAAAAUGGGCCAAUUUCAUCUGUAUGGCAUUUGUUUGUGGUGAUUCAUAUUUUUUUACUUAUAUUGGGCAUUAUUCAAACAGAGAGAGGUAUUAUUACUAAUAUCCAGUUAAUCGCCUAAGAGGCGUCUAUCAAAUUUCAAAAACAAAUGAAUAAUUUAUGUAUUGUAAUGUUAUAAUAAUUAUUAAUAUUAAAGUCUAACCUACGUUACUCAUUGCGCGGUCACUAAGAAAUAGC